AUGCUUACACUUGUAGUUCAAGGAAACAACCUUCUACGGGGAUCGACUUUAGUCGCUGCUUCACGACUUGUGGCUUCCAUAUUGACUCGACAAUACCCUGCUCCCAAGGGCCUGUUGGAUUUGGGCACCUUUUUGUUUUUUGCAGGCUAUAAAGUCAGCGACCGCGAAAACCCCGCGGACUUCUUCAUCGAUCUUCUGCAUACUGAACUGCCAGCCGAGGUUGGCGAAUGUCUCAAUGUUCUGGAUCCCUCUGUGGAGGAUAUGCGAAAAUAUCAGAAAAAAUUUCCAGAUGAAAAUGUGAUAGAAAAGCAGCAAGUGGCAACAUCGGACCAGCUGGCUCUGCGUCUUCAAUGCGUCUUCUACUCCUCCUAUGAUUGGAUUUCGUGA